AAAAAUGAGUUGCACUUUUGUGUAUUAGAUGUCGGUGGUCGGUUGAUUUUGAUAACUUCGCAGGAGAGUGUGUUUUUGGAGUGCUCCCGCCUUGUUUUUGAACUAAUUAUUGUUUGUAACGUCGGCUGCCAUGCGGGCUCUCGUGAGCAUAUAUCUGGUUUAUUUGUGGGUCAGCACGGCGAGGGGUCAUCACUUUACCGAGGAAGAAAUGCAGGAUGUCAGACAACGAAUCAAAGGUAUGUUCUAUCACGCCUACAACAGUUACCUGGACAACGCUUACCCUUAUGAUGAGCUUCGCCCCCUCACCUGUGAUGGUCAGGACACUUGGGGCAGUUUCUCACUGACGCUCAUCGACGCACUUGAUACCUUGCUGGUACUGGGAAACCACACUGAGUUUCAGCGCGUGGCAUCGCUUCUCCAAGAAACAGUUGACUUUGACAUUGACAUCAAUGCCUCUGUCUUUGAGACCAACAUCAGAGUGGUGGGAGGUCUCCUGUCUGCCCAUCUCCUCUCAGGCAGGGCUGGAGUGCAGCUGGAACCUGGCUGGCCUUGUUCAGGACCACUCUUGAGGAUGGCAGAGGACGCUGCCAGAAAACUGCUACCUGCUUUUGAGACUCCCACUGGAAUGCCAUAUGGGACAGUCAACCUGCUGCGAGGUGUCAGUCCCACCGAGACACCAGUCACCUGCACUGCUGGCGUAGGAACCUUCAUCCUGGAAUUCGCCACACUGAGCCGACUUACGGGCAAUGUUACAUUUGAGAACACUGCACGCCGGGCACUGAGGGCUCUGUGGAAGACCAGGUCUGACAUCGGACUGGUGGGCAACCACAUUGAUGUGGUCUCCCAAAAGUGGAUGGCUCAGGAUGCAGGCAUCGGUGCGGGCGUGGAUUCUUAUUUUGAGUACUUGGUGAAGGGUGCCAUCUUUCUGCAAGAUGAGGAGCUGCUGCACAUGUUUGACGCCUAUUACCUGGCCCUUGAGAACUACACACGCUUUGAUGACUGGUACUUGUGGGUGCAGAUGCACAAAGGGACUGUGUCCAUGCCCGUGUUCCAGUCGCUCGAGGCAUUCUGGCCCGGCCUGCAGACUCUGUUAGGAAACGUGGACAGUGCUGUCAGGACCUUCCAGAAUUAUUACUCGGUGUGGAGGCAGUUUGGAGGUCUGCCUGAAUUCUACAGCAUCUCUCAGGGCUAUACCGUGGACAAGAGGGAGGGAUACCCACUCAGACCCGAGUUGGUGGAGAGCGCCAUGUACCUGUUCAAGGCAACGGCGGAUCACACUUACCUGCAACUCGGACUGGACGCUCUCGAGUCUGUUGAGCGGAUCGCCAAGACGCCAUGCGGCUAUGCCAGCGUGAAAGACCUGCGAGACCACCAGCUAGACAACAGAAUGGAAUCUUUCUUUCUGGCUGAGACCAUCAAGUACCUCUACUUACUUUUCGACCCCACCCACUUUCUGCACAAUAGCGGGACAGAGUCAUGGGUUGAGGGAGGAGAAGAAGGCCAGUGCAUCCUGAGCUCAGGGGGCUAUAUCUUCAACACAGAGGCCCAUCCGCUGGACCCGGCUGCGCUCUACUGUUGCAGCCAGCACAGCCGCGAGCGACAAGAGCUCCACGACAUUCUCCUCGGCCGAUCACAGUCUGCUAAAAAAGCUGAAGAACAUGGCGGCCACUCGGAAGAGCCUCCUCCACCCAGCCACUCAGAGAGCAUAGCUCUGAAACCGGGUGUCCGGCCUCAGCUGUCUGGCGGUUGGAUCUGACCACCAGGAUGAGGUGUUAUUCUUGUUCCUCACCGACCUCGAGAUGUUCUUGUAAGGUGUCCUCCCUGUCUGGGCUGAUGAUACAUCCUUGAGGUGUUCUUGUCUGGUGUCCUACCUGUCUGGGACAUCCUGUUCCACAACACUUCGAAGAAAACUUCAUGCAGUGGCCUUCACAUUCCCUACCACCCAUCAUCCGACUACAUGCGCACACCACUACUGAAAAUUAUAUUGAUAUGAUUAUAUAUAAGUCUAAUGCAGCCUUAAUAAAAUGUGUUUGCAAACUUCCGAAA